GCGGCUGUGUAAUGUUUUAUUUGAAUCACGCGCAGCCUUUUUGUUGUUUAGUUGUGGCUGUUGUCUGCAGACAAAUAAGAGACGCAAGCAGAAGACGCUGAGCCACUAAAGCCUCCUUGAUAGUUUCAGAGAUGUUCGCCAAAGCCACAAAGAACUUGCUCUCUGAGAUAGACACUGAUGGUACACUGAUCCCUGUGUCCCGUCUGAACGACUCGGACAGUCUGGUUCCUCUGGCUCUGGUCAUCAAGCGCUACCGCUUCUGGUUCUGGCAGAGGCCCAAGUAUCGGCCAACAGACUUCAAACUAAGUGAUGUUCUCGUUGGAGAUCCUAUAAGUCCAGUUGUGGUUGAGACUGACUUUCUGACCUAUAGUGGCAAAGUCGUGGACAACGCAGGUGGAAAUGUUGAAGCAGAAAUUGGGCCCGGGAGCCUUAAUUUAGGGGGGAGCGGCUCGACCAAACUUCAGUCAUUGUUUGGAAACCUUAAGAAACAGGAGGUGGAUGUCCAGAAGCUGUUACAGAACUCCAAAUCUAGAGUUCUGGACCUGCGGCACUCUCUGGUUCAGCAGACACGAGAGCAGCACAGGGAGGUGUUGGCAGUAGUGAAGGAACGGAUCAUCACCACUGAUCUCUGCACAGUCACUGAGGAGGUUCAAGAGAGAGGCAUCUGCACUGGAAUGUUCGGCCUCAAUAAGCAGAUUAAGGUGUCAGUCAAUGACAAAGGGAAGCCUGUUGUGGACAAUGACAGUAAUGUGUCUCUUAACAUUCCCCCCAAAACCAUCAUUGCCUACGGCGUGAUUGAGCUAGAGGUUGAUCACACUGGGCACUACGAGCUGUGCCUACUGCCAGAUGUCAAAGGUGGUUUUGGGGUUGAUGGGCCAGUGAAGGUGAAGCAUGCAGCUUUAGUUAGUGCUUCACCUGUCAAAACAAGCAACAAACUGCAGAAAGAGCUUGAAGGACUACAGGGCCAGUUUAAGGUACUGUCUGAACUCCCGGCCAGCACGCGGUCUGCUCUCUUCAAGCAGAUAUCUCUGCUCCUGCAGAACAGUGCAGCCAUCAGCUUGCUGGAGAAUGCACUAGAGGACCUGUGUGGUGGAAGACAGCCUGAUCCGAGGAUGUUCGAUGAGACUGCUGCUCUAAAGCCUGCUCUGCAGACCACGCUGAAGCUUGUACAGAAGGCUGCUGCUGGAACCAAUCCUACCAAACAGUCAAACCCCUCUGGACAGCGGCAAAAACCCACCGUUCUCACUGCCACCCACUUGCUCAUCAGCUCUUUAGAAGAGAUGACUGACUCUACCCUGGUUGUGCUCAAAUCCUGCUGCAGUUAUUCAACCCUGCAGGCUUUGAUCCAUCUUGUGCAAAAUAUGGCUUCAAACAAGAAGUCGUCUUUGAAAGACAAUGGGCUGUCUGUGUUAGCUGAUGAGAAGGUUUUCAAGAAAAUCACUGAACUCUUCGGUUGCUGUAAUGUGACCCUGCAUAAGGAGAAGGAUUCACUUGUGACAGAAAUCAGUAAGACACAGGAUCGCCUUCCUCUCAUGCUGUGCAUUGCAGCUAAGGGAUUGGCAUCUAUAGCGCCCCCUGUUUGAUUGAAGUACAGCAGCGGAGCAAAGGAAAUGCUUACCUAUGGCGUUAUGGGCAAUAUCUGCAGGUGGACAAUCAAAUUUGCACAGUGUCUUAGUAUAUUUUCUUUUCUUGAUGUACUCUCUGGGACAAGACAAACAUCAAGGAUCAUUUAAGUGACCUUUUAACUGUUUUAUGAAUGGCAUGGUAGAAUAAAUGUAAAUGGCCUUAAGAAUAUUUGUUAAUUUUUUUGUUUUAUAUAUUUAAAACAAUUACUGACUACUGGUGUUAAAAUACUAUAGUACUUAAUAUUUACAAAUUCUUUAGUGAUAUUUUAAAGUGAUAUUAAUUUCAAGGACUUGGUGAUCUAACACUGUGAAAUAAAUCAAAAUGUGUGUUUACAUCAUA